AUGUUCUCAAACGAGAUAGCCCGUCUGAGGACAUUGGGAGUCCAAGGGCUCCUAUUCCAAGCGCUCAACCUCUUGACGGUCAUCUCAUCCGGUCUCAUGAUGUGGAAGGGACUAUGUCUCGUCACAAAUUCAGAAUCACCUAUAGUGGUCGUACUUUCCGGAUCGAUGGAACCUGCUUUCUACCGAGGAGAUAUAUUGUUCUUGACGAAUCCUGCCGAUGUACCGUAUGAAAUUGGGGAUAUAACGGUCUACAAGAUUCCCGGCGCAGAUAUACCGAUAGUCCACCGAGUGAUAGAAUCCCAUAUUUCCAACACCACUCAACUUCUCUUGACCAAAGGGGAUAAUAACCCGGGAGACGAUAUAACGUUGUAUAACGGUAUAGAAUGGAUAGAGAGGAAGCAUAUCAUUGGGAAAGUUAGAGGGUUCUUACCUUAUAUAGGUUAUGUGACCAUAGCUAUGAACGAUUUCCCUCAAUUGAAAUAUGCUUUGUUAGGUGGUGUAGGUUUGGUGAUGCUGAUACAGCAGGAGACGUAA